GCUUGGAAGCCGCCAUGAAGUUUCGCGCCAAGAUCGUGGACCUGGCUUGUCUGAAUCACUUCACACGUGAGCUGGCAGGGCUGCGGGGAGCGAGCGGAGAGUGCGGCUGCAGCCCUGCGUCAGUAACAUGAUAGCCAGGCUUGCCAAAACCUGCACCCUCCGCAUCAGCCCGGAGAAGCUGAACUUCGUCCUUUCGGACAAGCUGGCCAGUGGUGGGGUGAGCAUGUGGUGUGAACUGGAGCAGGAGAACAUUUUUAGUGAAUUUCAAAUGGAAGGAGUCUCUGCAGAAAACAAUGAGAUUUAUUUAGAAUUAACGUCAGAAAACUUAUCCCGAGCCUUGAAGACUGCCCAGAACGCCAGAGCCUUGAAAAUCAAGCUGACUAACAAACACUUUCCCUGUCUUACAGUGUCUGUAGAGCUGCAGUUGUCCUCAUCAAGCAGCAGUAGAAUUGUGACACAUGAUAUCCCCAUAAAGGUUGUUCCUCGAAGAUUGUGGAAGGACUUACAAGAGCCGUCUGUCCCGGACUCUGAUGUGAGUAUUUAUUUACCAGCCUUGAAGACUAUGAAGAGUGUUGUGGAAAAAAUGAGAAACAUCAGCAAUCAACUUAUUAUUGAAGCAAACCUGAACGGAGAACUGAACCUAAAGAUAGAAACAGAGUUGGUAUGUGUGACGACACAUUUUAAGGAUCUUGGAAACCCUGUAUUACCCUCUGAGAGCGUCUCUCAAAACAGACACCCCGAAGACAUGGCCCAGGUGCACAUCGACAUAAGGAAGCUCCUCCAGUUCCUUGCAGGACAGCAAGUGGCUCCCACCAAGGCUGUGUGCAAUAUUGUGAGUAACAGAACUGUGCAUUUUGACUUGCUUCUGGAAGACAUCUCCCUUCAGUAUUUCAUCCCAGCCUUGUCCUAGCCCCAUCUCACCAGACCUGGGAGCGCAGAGACAUUUGCCGUGAUGAGAGAAGCACCGGAUGAUGUGGUCAGUCAGCUGCCUGUCCUCACAGCACCACAGACUGGUACUGGUGGGCUUAUUUCUCCCCCUAUGCUGCUUAAAGGUCAAGUGGAAUGAAUGAAGUACAGUUGGAUAGUCAUUCCUUCAUAGCACUCAAAACCACCACCUGUGCCUCAUCCCUGGGUUUAAGACAUUAAGAAGAAAAGGUGGAAUUUAUUUUUUAUAGGGUCUUUUGUUGUUUUUGUUUUCCAUUGGUGCUUGAGAUGAGACCAGGGCCUUGUGUGUGCUAAGUACAUGCUCUGCCACAGAGUUGCUCCCAGCCCUAUCUAAAAUUUCCGUAGUAGUUUGUCACGGAAGUUGCAAAAAUCAUCAUCCCUAUAGAAUUGGUGUUGAAGUCAGAAUGCACAGGAGUACUGCCCAGCUAGUUUCGCGCUCAGUCCUCGGUAUGGAGUAGCUGUCUGCUUUCAGAUGUUAGUGUGCGCAUCUCUCCACCCCCACACGUCUGGGAGCUCAGUGCAAACUAGACAGCCGCUCUGUCCCCGGCAGCAUGCCUGGCUUCUCAUCACACUGUGAGCAUACAGCUGCAGCCUUGCCCAACUUACCGAAGAGUCAAGUUCAUUUCCUUCUCACUGCCUACAGAGCCGGACAGCCUGGGGAACCUACAGACUCUCACAGCCUGGAGAGACUGGGAGCCUGAGAGCCCAAAGGCCAGCCCAACCAACCCAGGUCCCGUCUUGAACUGGUCCUUUUGUGUGCUUUCUGCCUGAGCCCACUUUGGUUUUAGGUUAUAACUUAUUUUAUGUUUUUGUAGUGCUCAGGAUCAAACCUAGGACUGGGUACAUGUUAGGCAAGCACUCCUCUAUGCCAGACUAUACCCCCAGUCAUUUAAAUUAUAAUUUUGCAUAAUUCUUCCACAGUAUCAGAUCUACCCUGCUAUAAAGCACAUUGUUUUGCAUAAAACGCUUGAAGCUUGACCAUCAUGGGCAAAGCUGUGUUCUCCUUAUUGGAGCUGGCUCACGCUGGAGGGUGUACUUUCUCCAAAAACACCCUAGUAGGCUUCCUGUUUUGACUAGGUGUCAAGUGUCCCAUGGGGUGGCAACAGAAACUGUUUUAUAACAUCAGAGUCAAAGUUUAAGUUGCCUAGGAUGAGAUUUUUUAAAAGGGGAUGGGGGGACAAAACAAAUUAGAGCAUUUCUUUGGGGGCUUUUCCAUAUUAUUUAGGGAAAGUACUGGUCCUCAAGUGCUGCUGGGAUUCUCUUUUGCUGUUUCAGUUUUUAUUAGGUUCUCAUGCAGUAAAGCUGGCCUUGAAUGAGUUGUAGCUAAUAUUGGCCUUGAACUCCUGAGC